AUAUUUGGAUGAAAAUAUUGGCGGGGACCUCAGAGCAAAUGGGUUAACGACAUGCCCUGGAUGUACGGUUGGCACUGACAGUUGAGAGGGGCGAUAUGAAACUGCCCUUCUACUCUUGCUUUGCCUGUAUGAUGUUUGUUCUGGUGAAGAUUUAUAUACCCCCGAGCGCAACUCUCUUCUAUUAUAAAAGCAUCAUCACUUAUUACUCAUUUACUUCUUACCUUGUGACUUGUAUCAUGAUGCUCAAAGACUCUUUGUUUGAUAAAUUACAACUUCACAGAGACAAACACUUUUCAACACAUCAGGGUAUCAUUAGGCUUCCUCUAUCUGGCAAAGGUUGUCUACAACUGCACUGGUAUCUCUACACACCAAACAGCACUAAAUCUUCCAUUCCAUGCAAGGCUUCUGCAUCGCUCUAUCAACAACAGCAGCGCGUCAAAGGGGGUUGGUUUGGGUUGUGAGGGCUUGCGAUCACAAAAGGUCAAGGUCAUCUCGAUCAUAAAGGUCCAGACGGCGAAAAAUCAGGGUCGAUGAGCUGAGGCAUGUUCAUGUCCGACUGUUUCGUCGUUAUGGUCUGCAUCACAAAGAUGCAAAGUCAAAGGGUGACAGGGAUACGCCGUUCUUAUGUGAACUUGGU